UUGAAGCAUAGGAACGUUCGAAACAUAAUUCGACAACACUGCACCUUUAGUAAAGGCUUUACUGCGGAUAUUGAUCUCAUUCGUGAGAUAUGUUAAUUAAUGAGUGUUUUUGUGUUACAGUGUUACAACCAAGAUAGAGGUUAUUUUGAAGGCUAACAAGGUUACGAAAUGUCAGAAGGAAAAAAGCCGUGUGUUGUUGUUGUCACUGGCGGGGCGGGGUUCCUGGGGCAGCAUGUUGUGGGCUUGCUACAGGCACAUGCUGACCACGUGACGGAGAUCCGGGUAAUCGACGUCAAGCCGUAUGUCAACAACUUGGACUACCCGGCGACCAAACCGGUGCGCCAGUUUACCGGAAACAUCACGAACCCUGACCUCGUGCAGAGCGCGUGCGAGGGCGCUACAAGCGUGAUGCACGUGGCGAGCAUAGUUGACAUUUCGCUAAUACCGGAUAAAGACCUCAGCUACAAUAUCAACGUUGUCGGUACCCGGAACGUUAUUGACGCUUGCCAGAAGGCCGGCGUGCGCAGACUGUUGUAUUGCAGCACUUGCGAAGUGGUUUGCGGUCAUGGCAACAUUUACCAUGGCAACGAGGAGAACACGCGCGCCCAAAGGGACGGCCACAUUUACCAGGUGUAUGGUUCGACAAAGAUGAUGGCGGAGGAAAUGGUGCUUCUUGAAAAUUGUGACAGCCUGCGCACGCUUUCUCUGCGUCCUGUGAUAAUGUACGGCGAAGAGGAGUGGCGGACCAUGGCAAGGACGCUGAGCCACCCUUUCGUGAAGAAGACCAACAGGUGGCUCACCUUCAACUGCCACAAAGGCUCCGCCGAGCACGCUUACGUCGGAAACGUCGCAUGGAGCUUCAUCUGCGCGGAAAACGUAAUGCGUCGCGACGACAGCGCAGCCGAGAACGUCUGUGGUCAGAGCUUUUUCGUAAGCGACGAGACUCCAAAUACGAACGUGGUAGAUUUUAUGCAGCCUUUCCUUAAAGAGGUGGGGGUUGAGGCAUUUUCCUGGAAAGUGCCGAUCUGGAUGAUCAUUUGGCCGCUCUACGUUCUCCUCGCCAUUUUAAUGUUUGUAUCGCUCUUUAGGAAAGUUAAUCUUGCAAUUGGCUUGGCGCCAUUUGUGAUGGGGCCAAAGGUAUUCCGGUUUGAGUACAAUAAGGCGACCCGGUUGCUUGGAUAUCAACCCCUUUACUCCGUCGAAGAGUCAAAGGAAAGAACUGUUCGGUUUCUAAAGAAACUUCGGGCUAAAUAACAGGACAAACAACACGUGGAUAUGUAAAAAAAUGUGUUGUUUUAAAAUGAGACAUGUGCAAUAAUACAAAUCAAAUGCCAUUGCUGUUACAAAAUGUUUUAACAUAUAUAUUUUAUAACAUAGUAUACAUUUAAUUUUAAUUGCGGUCGCAAUGAUUGAUUAAUUAACUGAAACGUAUUUCGUGCAACGGUACAAUGCAAGUGCGAUUGUUUGUAUUAUAAGAUGAGCAUAUACGCUGUAAAAUC